UGAAAUGCAAGGGUUUAUGCUGCCAAAACCCCCAACCCGAAGCAGCAAUUUAUUCAAGAAAACAAAAGCUGAUCAGAAGCUCAAGUCAAUAAGAAAAUCCUGAAUAUGGCAUUCAGGCAAUUCUUGUCCUCAAACAAAGGAUCAAUCUCAUCAGCUUCCUAUUACAUUUCUGGGUUGGCUCAUUUUUCCUCAAAAUCCUACCCUUACAUAGUGAAGGUAGGAAUACCAGAGUUUCUGAACGGAGUGGGGAAAGGGGUAGAAGCCCAUGUUCAAAAACUUGAAGCCGAGAUUGGUGAUUUACAGAAACUGCUUGUCACCCGCAGAUGGAAGCUGAAGAAUCUUGAUAUCCCUGUCAAACAUAGGAAGCUGAUAUUCAACUAUGCCCACAAGUAUAGGCUGGGACUUUGGAGACCUAGAGCUCAGCCAGCAAAGUCUAAGUGACUUCUGGAAUAGCUGUUCUUUUAUGCAACUUGCUUAAUUUCUUGUAGAACACAUAAAAAUCUGUAUUUUGUGUUUUGAAAUCCUGUCGAAGUCUCUAGGCAGCAGUUAGGCGUUUGUGAUGCUUGAUUUCUGAUUGCAUUCCCUAUUGAAUAGCUGGCUAGCUGCUAAGCAGUAACUUGUGUUCUUUAUUUAUAAACCUAAAGCAUCACUGUACAAAAUCGGCUUGCCAAUAGGCUUUUUUUUGCCUUUA